UCGUUAUCUGUUGAUUUGACAGUCGCCUUACGCCAAAGUUAAAACAAAACUAGCGAGGAACAUAAACCGGGUUUAUUAUUAUAGUGACAAUUAGGAUUAACUAAACUGAUACUUACUACCCCUAAUACCCAUUGAACUUAGUCAGUAAUUUACUAUUAAAGUAAAGAUAAAUAGAAAAUGAAUGAAAUGAACGAGAAAAAGAGAACGCCAAGAUCGAAAAAUUGGGAGACCAAGGAGAAGGUACUUCUAAGAGAGAUUAUAAAAUCGUAUUUAGGAAUACUAAAUAACAAAUCAUUAGAAACUGCCACGAAUGAGGCUAAAAAGAGGGCGUGGGUGGAAAUUACCAAAAAAUUCAACUCUAUAUGUUACAAAAGAAAAAGAACUACACAGCAAAUUAGGAUUCAGUGGAAAAAAAUGAAAAUGUUAAUAAAAAAACAAAUGAGUGCAGCAGGCAAACGUAGUGAACAAAGUGACUCGGGAUUGGAGAUUCUUGAAACACAAGAAACUACAGAUAAUAUAAUAGAUUUAGAAAAUCUGAAAGUUGAAUCUGUAAUUUAUGAUACUGAUUGUGAAGAGGUUCCAAAUCCACUGGAGGACUCAAACCCAGUGACUGAAACUGUUAUAACUUCUAAACCUACACGCCAAGAGACUCCCAACAUUGAAGUGGAAUUUGAAGUGCUAGAUGCUUGCUCCUCUUCAACACAAACUGAUCACGACUACGUGACUUUACACAAUAAAAACAAUUUUUCUGAAAAUCACUACGAAGACAUGAGAUAUUAUAGAGACAUGGAGAAUAAUAGACUGGAGAAGGAACACUUAUUGAGGAUGAGAACGAUGCAGGACCAGCACAAUCAACUGAUGAAGAAUCUACGGUUACAGGAAGAAAUAUUGAGAAGGCAGCUUAAAAAAAUUGGUUAGGGGUAACCUACUCGAUGUUCUCGGUAGAAAAUCGGGAGAUCGAGUAUCUUUUCACCAUUUUAUGGCAAAACGGCGAGGAAUUAUAGUUUAUGGAGUUUCUAAGA